AUGGAAAAGCUCGUCACACGUCUGCGACUGGGACGCUCACUCGCAUUCCGACCGACCCCCACGCUACCAUCAAAAACGAGAAUUCAACCCCCUAGAACCAAGAGGGCUACGCCUGUCCUGCGCGCAUCGGCCUCGCUAUCAACCGUCGCAGCAGCCACAGCUUCCAUGGCCGUAUACGCGAGCCUCGUCUCCAAACCGGAGACGCCAACCGCCGUCCCGGAAGACGCCGAGCUGGCCGCCCACCAUGUCAAAGGGCGCAAUGGCAAGACGGCUAGCUUCCGCAACCCGCACCCGUCGGCUGGCGAUAUACCGCCGGGGCCGUGGGCGAUGCCGUUUAAGCUUGCGAAGGCCGUCUUCAGCGGCGACCUCCCCCAGCCCAGCGUCAAAGACAUCACCAUCCCGACCGUAACCCCCCAAUUCCUCCCCCACCGCGCCGACGCCUCCAGCCCCUUACGCGCCACCUGGCUCGGCCACGCCUGCUACUUUGUCGAGUUCCCCGGCGGUCUGCGCGUGCUGUUCGACCCGGUCUUUGAAGACCGCUGUGCGCCGGUGCAAUGGAUGGGUCCGAAACGGUACUCUCCGCCGGCGUGCUCGCUGGCGGAUUUACCGCCCGUUGACGCUGUUGUUAUUUCGCAUUCGCACUAUGAUCAUUUGUCUCAUCCGAGUGUGUUGGAUCUGGCGAAGCGGAAUCCGGAGGCGCAGUUUUUUGUUGGGCUGGGGUUGGAGAAGUGGUUUCGGGAUUGUGGGAUUAGGAAUGUGACUGAGAUGGACUGGUGGCAGCAGGCGGAUUUGACGCUGCGGAGGGACCGGAUGGGUGAGACUCCGGGAGCCAAGACGAAAGAAGCCAACACCACAGCGGUAACAGCAACAGACGUAAAAGAAGACCCCGACGUAAUCCUCGCCCGCAUAAGCUGCCUCCCCUGCCAACACUCCUCCGGCCGCACCGGCCUCGACCGCGACCACACCCUCUGGGCGUCCUGGUCCGUCCACUCCGGCGGUAAAUCCGUCUUCUUCGGCGGCGACACAGGCUACCGCACCGUCCCCAAACUCGCCCCCACCAUCAACGACUACGGCCCGGCCUACUCCUCCCUCCCGCGCUGUCCCCAAUUCAAACAGAUCGGCGCCUUGCGCGGUCCCUUUGACCUAGGUCUCAUCCCGAUCGGGGCGUAUAAACCACGGUUUUUGAUGAGUCCUGUACAUGCAAAUCCGUAUGAUGCGGUGGAGAUUUUUAAGGAUACGCGGUGUAGAAGGGGGAUGGGGAUUCAUUGGGGCACGUGGGUGUUGACGAGUGAGGAGGUGGAGGAGCCGCCGCGGAUGUUGAGGGAGGCGUUGAGGGCCAGUGGGAUUGAGGAGGAGGGGGUGUUUGAGACUUGUGCUGUGGGGGAGACGAGGGAGUUUUAA